UUAUCUAUUGCUAUACCUUCUUCAUACUGGUACUUAAAAAAUUAUCCAUUAAAAGAUAUGCAAAAUUAUAUUGAUUAUCAAGUUUAUAUGACAUAUGACCUCCAUGGUUCUUGGGAUUUAAACAGAGACCCUCAAGUUAAAUGCCAUGUAAACAAAACUGAAAUUGUAGAUGCAUUAAAAAUGUUAGAUAAAGCUGGAGCUCAAAUAGGUAAAACUUAUGGUGGAUUAGCUAACUAUGGUAGAUCCUUUAAAUUAUCAAACCCUUCUUGUAAUGGUGUGGGAUGCCAAUUUUCCGGCCCUGGUAACUCAAGAGGUAUAACAAAUACUCCUGGUGUUUUAGCUGAUGCUGAAAUUAUAGAUAUUGACGCAUCUUCUGCUAAAAAUAAUAGAUGGAAUGAUGGACCUUCUGAAUGUACUUUCAUGCAAUAUGAUGGAAAUAGCGUAGUAGCUUGGGCCACAAACAGAAAUAAUUUGAAAAAUUACUUUAAUCAUGCAGGUUUGAAAGGUUCAGUUUUAUGGGUCGGAAACUAUUUUAAACAUACUGCUUAUACAAACGAUGUACCUUCAGAUUGUCACAUUUAUUUAGAUCAAGAUAUUGAAAAUGUUGUUUAUCAAUGCG